AUGGCUGGAACUAAGCGGAAGAACGAGGCCUCCCAGGGGUCAGCCGACUCUGCUCCUGCUAGAGAUGGCCGCACGCGUGCUGCUCGCGCCAGAGCCAACAACAAUGCCCGUGGUCGUGGAGCGUCAUCGGCUACCUCGAAUAUCACCUCUGAUGAGAACAAUGUUCCAGUUCAGAACGACGUCCCUGCCGAGAACGAUGCGCCAGCUGAGGAUGAUACUGCUUCCGCUGAAGCCCCUUCAGGAUCCCGCACCAAACGAAGAAAAUCCUUGGAGUCGAGGAGACACCUCGACCUACCAGACAAUCUCAUUCGCAACUCUUCUCUUGAACAAUCGCCAUCAGACGUUCCCACCAACGGCAAGACCAAGAAGAAGGCUACUGCAAAACUUGCCGAUUCCAAUUCUCAGAGUAGCAACGACACUGCGAAUAUGAAGUCUCAGUCUCCUGACGACGAGACGUUGCUUAAACAACAAAAUGAUACCGAAAUUGCUGAUCUUGACGAAAAGAAUAAUACCAAGGCGCUCCGUGGCAGAAAGCGCCAGAAUGAACAAAUCGAAGAUGAAAAACCUGAUGAUCUUGCGAACCCGGAGAGCACCCCGAGCAAGAAACUGAAGCUCGAAGAUGACGAAUUCGAUCACACAUUGCAGAAACCGUUACAGAACGGAACUGAGGAUGGUCCUAACUCAUUGACCGCCGAGCCGCAACCUGGAGCUCCUGAAGGAGAAGUUGACGAGACUCAAGCCACUGAAGAAGCCGAUGCAUCUCCGACCCGGGAUGAUAACGCAUCUCCUGUCAGCGCUAGAGGACGCGGACGGGGUCGAGGCGGGCGUGGUCGAGGUGGCCGAGGCCGGGGUCGCGGCGCAGCACGCGGUGGUUCAUCCGCACGUGGUGGCCGAGGUCGAGGGCGUGGUGGGCGUGGCGGAGGACGAAAUGGAAAACGGGUAGAUGAUGAUUCCGACUUCGAGUUCGACCGCUCUCCUUCUCCCAGUCCGGCGACACAGAAGCUCCAGGAACGUCAGAAGGAGCUGAAGCAGGCUUUCAAGAGACUGUCAGCUGCCCAGCGGCUUGCUCUCAGUGUCCUGGCAUCUCACUCCCAGCAACGGCUGGCCAGGGACAAGAAGGCCCACAUGAAGGCCCCCGAGUACGAAGAAGUCCAGAAGGCACUCGACGCGGCCUUGCGCAAACGACAAGAGAUUCUCCGCCGCGAAUACGAGCUCAAAGUCCAGGAGGCAAACAUCAUAUUCGAGGCCGAGAAAGAGAUCAUCGAACGACGGUUCCGGGCAUCGGCCGAACACAUACAGGAGGAACACUUCCGCGCCGCUCAAGGAGAAUACAUGGCGUUCGUGGAGGGCAUCCAGCACGCCGAGGACGACGAGCACACAGAGCCGGAAGACAACAACCGGUCGGAGCCCGGGUCCGUCGACUCGGGGUAUAGGUAUCUAUACCUCGACGAGCCCAAGUUCAAGCGAGGAUUCAACUCCUCCUUCGUCCGGGACCCCGCAGGAGCCGCCGCGUACGAGCGCGCCACGACGGGCUGGGAGGACUUCGUCCAACGAGCCAAAAUGAAGGAGAUCAGCCAGGAGGAGGCCCAGCCUUCGGGCCCGAACCCCCUCCUGAUGCUGAUGGAGGCGGCGGAGGGGGUGGAGGCGGCUGGUGCACCAUCAUCAACUCCCGACAAAGCACCAGCUCGCUCAGACGCGCUGCCGACGGCGUUGCUCGCUCUGGCGGACGCCGUCGAGCAGCGUGGUCCGCUGCCCACCCCCUCUCGCCCGGGGACCCAUCGAGCCAUCUUGCCCCAACCCACCCAGCCUCAACCAAGCCAGCCUCAGCCGCAGAUGGCUCAUGGGAUCCCCGAACCUCCCUCCUUCCUCCUCCCACGCCCGUCGUCCGUACCGCGGCGGUUCCUGCCAGCACAACCCCAACCCGGACCCGGGCUCCCGGACCCGUUCGGUGCCCCUGGCGGCGGCCCUCCGCAACUCCCUCCGCCGCCAGGGGUCACUAUUUCCCGGCCUGGCUUCCUGUCGGGGCCCCAGCCUGGGGUUCAACACCACCAGGCGGGGCCCCAGCAGUACUACUAUCCCCCGCUGCCGCCCCCUCCGCAGGGCCCCUCCCCUCCUAACCAUCCACGGCCGUAUUGA